AUGGAUAUCUGGCAACGGAAUAUCCGAAUGAUGCAUCAAGUCGGCGAGUUCCUCGAUCUCGACUCCACCAAGUCCGACAUGGUUGCCGAAUUCAUUGCUCUCAUCCAAGCUGUACGAGAGGGUCUCAUGCAAAUCGACGACAAUUUUCAAAUUCCUGAUGCUCAUAUCAACACGCUGUUUCUGACCAAGCUCAAAUUCCGUCCGCAAUGGAAGGAAUGGGCAAUGACUAUGCUGCGUGACCCGCGCAUAACCGCUGCCAACUCGACCGAGCACGUAACGUUCCAGGAGCUUGCAAGCUUAGCCAUCGAGCAGGAAAAGAUCCUCCAACAGGGAGACACGAAAGCACCAAACGCUUCGGAUAAUGCAGUCUCGGCGACAUCCAACGUUCCAGCAAACCCGCGAGCGCUUACACAGGAUGAGAUCAAUGCGUUCGUCGUCAAGCAGAUGAGCCACGAUGGAAGAUAUUUGCCUCAAAAUGGCAACAUCAAGGGACAUCAGAAGAGGCCUAGUCAGGAGGAGAUCAAUGAAUACGUGAUACUGCAAAUGCGCAAGGAACAGGAGCGAAAGACGAGGAACCGAAGUCAGAGUCAGCCAGAGCCGGAAGGACGGAGUCACCGUGGAAGACCAAACGCGGUACGAUGUACCUUUUGCGGUGACGCCCAUCACCAGUCGAAUAACUGCUGGCGCCGAUGGAGAGUUGCUGUCGAGGCUCCACAGGGCAACUUCUUGCCAAAACGAGUCGAGUUCAAAUCUCAGAUUCCUGGUCAGCCACCUAUCUAUCAUUCCGGAUUUACUCUAUUCUGA